CCGCUCAACGAUCCACAGUCCAAAGUCGCUUGCAGCGAAAGACAUCGAGUGCAGAGAGUUUAACCACCCCAGAAAAUAUGUUCAAAUUCGUGUUGAUCGCCAGCCUGCUGGUCGCCAUCGCCUUGGCAGCUCCCCGCGAUGAAACCGAAGCGGAAAGAUUAGACAGGGAGGAAUUGGAGAGAUAUCAGAAUGAAAAUGCUCAAUACGAGUUUAAUUCCAACGUGAACGAUCAGAUAAACGAUGGUCAAAUCACACGGCAAGAGCAGCGCGAGGGAGGCACUGUUCGAGGUUCCUACAGCUACUUCGAUGGAUUUGUUCAACGCCGUGUCGAAUACAUUGCCGACAAGGAUGGCUACAGGGUGCUUAAGGACGAGAUGAAGGACGUUGGCAAUGGUCCUCAGUUCAAUCCGGAAGGCCAAGCUGACGUUGAGGGCUCCCUGAUCGGCAAGUACUCCAUCAAGUUGGACACAACCGACGAUGAGAAGCACUACAAGGACAUUCAUGCCUAGAAAAAAAUGAAUUGAAGGAUUUCUAACAUUUAGAAAUGGACUGAAUACUUCGUAGAGCCUUAAUCUAGAGUAAACACCUUCUAAACGAUUGUAUUUUUCUUUAAAAUAAAAUAUUGACAAAAUUAAAA